GCCUGUCACUACGUCCGCGCUGCUGUACCUGCCUCCUCGCGCAUAACAUGCUCGGAACCUAUAAAAAAAGGAAGUGAGGCAAAAAAGUGGUGUUGGUGGCGCUUUUUGGGGUUUGUUUGUUUUUUUGUUUUGUUUUUGUUUUUUGGCAUAGUCCGGAUCGUCCGCUCUGAGCUUCCGCGUCGAAACGACGACAUGGAGCGCUGCUGCUGAUCGGCGAGCGGAGCCGUCCGCACAUCAUCUCGGGUCGGCGUCGGCGUCGACGUCUGGCGGUCCGGCCAUGUCUGCGAGGGAAAAAGCAAGUCCGAGCAAGGACAGCGUCAGCCUGCUCCCCUGUUUUUAUUUCGUCGAGCUGCCCAUCCUGGUGUCGUCCAUGGUCAGCUUGUACUUCCUGGAGUGGACGGAUUUGUUCAAGCCGGUCAAGUCCGGCUUCAGCUGUCACGACCGCAGCCUGAGCCUCCCUUACGUCGACCCCGAUCACGAGGUCGUCCCCCUGCCGAUGCUGCUCAGCCUGGCCUUCGCGGGGCCCGCCGUCACGAUGAUGAUCGGAGAGGCUGUCCUGUUCUGUUGUCCGUCUCGAAGAAGGAGCCGCGGCGGGGGCGAGGCCGACCUCGACGCGGCCGGCUGCCGCUUCAACUCCUUCGUCCGUCGCGCUGUCCGUUUUGUGGGCGUUCACGCCUUUGGUCUUUGUGCCACUGCCCUCAUCACAGACCUCCUUCAGCUGAUGACGGGCUACCCGGCGCCCUACUUCCUCACGGUGUGCAAGCCCAACUACACCGCUCUGAGCAUCGGCUGCGAGCGGAACCCUUACGUCGUGGAGGAGAUCUGCUCCGGGGUGGACGCCGCCGCUAUUAACCGGGGCAGGAAGUCCUUCCCGUCCCAACACGCGACUCUGGCAUCCUUUGCGGCCGUGUACGUUUCGAUGUACUUCAACAGCACGCUGACGGACUCGUCCAAACUGCUCAAGCCCCUGCUGGUCUUCUCCUUCAUCAUCGGCGCCAUCGUUUGCGGUCUGACUCGCAUCAUCCAGUACAAGAACCACGCCGUGGACGUCUAUCUGGGGUUCCUGCUGGGCGCAGCCAUUGCCGUCUACCUGGGCCUGUAUGCAGUUGGAAAUUUCCUCCCAGCCGAAGAGAUGAGCGGCGGCGGCGGGCUCCCGACCCAACCCCACUGCCCCACCUGCUCCUUGACGCACAUCAGCCAGGAGGCAGUCCUUCAUCAGCUGCAAAUGAAAGCCGGCGCGUUGGGGGAGCCCGGCGUCGCCGGCGCCCCGUCGGAAGGUCCUCUGCGUCGCGCCCUCCUGCAGCGGCGGGCCGACGACGGCCCCGAGCGCUCGGGCGGAGACGCGGACGGGAUCUCGGCCCGCGGCCCGGUGACCUUUAGCCACACCCUCCCCCGCGUCCACACGCCGCAGGCCAUUGCCGCCUACGAGGAGGCGGCCAGGCGUCAUGCCGCCACCCUUCAGCGGGACUCGGGCCGGUCCAAGCAGCUUUUGUCGCAGUGGAAAAGUCAAAACAACCACAAGUGCCCUCUCCAGCCCCCGCCCCCGGGAGAGAGCGCCGGCCAGCCCGCCGGGCACCCCCGUCAUCGCGAGGCGUCGCCGGACCCCGCCUUCGAAGCUCACGCCUACCUGUCCAAACUGGCCGCCGGCGCCGGCGCCACCUUGCCCGGAAACUGCAGCGGCAUCGCCGGAGGAGCAAGGAUGUUGAUGCAAUCCCGACCCGGCUCCUCCCAGCUGGUCCACAUUCCGGAGGAAUCGCAGGAAAACGAGCGCAGUGCUUCCCCGAAAGCGGCGGCGGCGGCGGGGGGGAGCGACGGGCUUUCUCCGGCCGACGGCCCGGCGCAGACUCACUGGCAGAGGCUGGCCGAGAAGACGGCCGCUUGCGGGCCCGACGGCCACGGGAAGAAAAGCCAGCCGCGAAUGCUGCAAGCGAUGGCCGCGUCCAAGCAGCAGGGGCUCCUGCAGGCCCACUCCAGAAGCCUGGACGAAAGCGCUUCCCAGGGCUCGGCGCGCGACAAGGAGCCCGGCGGCGGCGCCGGAGCCAUCGUCAGAAUCGAGGCGCACCCCGAAAACAACAAACCGGUCAUCCGAGCCCCAUCCACCGACGGAAGCGGAUCGUGGCGCUGGCAAUCUCUGGAUCGCGGCGGCGCCGCCAGCGGGACAUUGAGGCAAUCCUUUGAUCCGGGCGAACCUGGCAGGGACUCGGAGAGCUCCGACUCCCCGCGAGAAGGCUCGCUCGACGGCAACGCGCCCGCUCCUCACCCCGGCCGACCGGAACGGAAGCUCCAUCAUCAGAGCCUCUCCACCAUCAGGGUGACUCCGGGGGAUGCCGGCGGCGGAGACGCGGGAUCGGAAACGCCCUCGUUCGCCUCCGGUCGGGAAUCCGCGCUGCGGCCAAAAGGCAGCGUCAUCCUGAUUCCGGAGAGAGGAAACAGCCCAGAGAGCACCCGAAAUGUUUUCUACAAGGGCGUGCCCGGACCCCAUCCGCAAUAACACGGCGAGUGGAGUGACCGCGAUGUGGGCCCGAGGCGGCCAGCUUGAUUUUCGGGGGGGCUUUCGCACUCGGGCCCUCGCUUCCCAUUUCAUCAACCCGGCUUCAUUUCCCCGUCUUGCCCCAAAACCCCUGCCGGCAGGCUGCCGGCUGCCCGGUCUGCCGACACGGAGCGAGGUAACCGCGAGACGGCGGACUCGGACGGACUCUUCUACGCGCAUUUCUUGAGCGUGUCCCGCUUCCGGCAAAAGAGAUGAAAACAUGGUGAGGACGCGGAGCAGCCAGCCGACCAUUUUGUCCGAGUCCGGCACGUGGUCUUCCUCUUCUUCUCUUCCCGCUCCCUUCGCCGACCGAGUGGCAAACACGGGGGCCGCGUCGAGCGCUUUGCGGAGACGCGCCUCGGAGGUGUUUCAAGCGGCCGACGCCGCCGCACCUACGCCGCCGUUAUGAACGUCGAUAGCCCUCGUCCAACGAUUGACGUCGCAUGCGCUUGUUCCCCACGUGAACUGAAGCACAACCUUUGACCCGUCGCCGGGACUCGUCACCGCGUCCUUUGUAGCCACCAUUUUUGGAUCUGUCAUUUACAGGCGCCGUUGCGGCAUUUUCUUUCGCGCUUUCUUCAUUUCCUCGUGCCACUCUGGGAUUUUGGGUGAGCGCUUUCCCGCCCUCCGGGAUGUCGUCCUAUUCUCGUCUGCGAACGUCUCGCCGCCCUGGCCCCGGAGCGAAAGCGAGCUUCUCCCAUUCCGUUCGAUCGGGCAAUGGCGACGGUUGACAACUGCUAGCCGCCGAAGGGAAGGCGCUCGCUAUUCCGUGUCCAUCCAGUGGCGGGAAACUCUGCAUGACUCGUCUUGUCUUGCCGUCGGUUGUGUCGUAAAUGUGGGGUUUCGGACACUGUGAUUUGACCGCUGUAUGAAUUCUAUGCACUAUUGGGAGGGAGGGGGCGGGG